AUGAUAAUAUAUAGUUAUAUAGUGGGACUGUGUAGUUAUUAUCAAGCAGCUUUUAGAGGAGGCAGGAAAGGACAGCUGAUACAUCGAGCCGUUAGAAACGGUCAAACAAAAGAAGCAAAGAUCCUAUUGGAAGAGGAUAUAAAUGUUAAUAUGAUAGAUGAAUAUGUGGCAACUUCUUUACAUUGGGCAGUUAAAAGUGGUAGUGUAUGUUUAUCAAAGAAUUUAUUAGAAAAUGGUGCAAAUGUUAAUGCAGUAGAAGGUGUUUUAAAAAAAGAUACUGUAGUUCAAAAGUACUACUACCAAUCUCAUCAGUAACUCAAAGAGCAUCUUUAUAGCUUCGUUAUGGCCUACAAUAUAGCCUACAAUUUAAAGCUUAAGGGUUUCACACUUCUUGAAUUUAUAUGUGAUUAGUGGACGAUAUUUCCUGAUUUAUUUAUACCCAAUACUCGCCUUCAUACUUUGGAAGGAUAUAAUGGAAAAUAUAGAAAAAUAGCGGAGCGAAGCUCAUAUUAAUCCGGAUGCAGUAAAAUUAAGUGGUAGCAAAAUGCUAAUUGGUUUACUGAAUAUAGAUUUCCCAGUGCCAGUAGCUCCACUAAUCAACUAAAUGUA